CCUUCUGGAACGUCCCCGAACAGGCUCCGCCCACCACCACCAACGAGAGCGGAUCCCGGAGCUGGAGGGCGGGGCUGCCACGCGAGUGGGCGGGAACUAGGGAUUGUCGAGUGUCUGGAGUCGUGCUCCCGAAUCAGAACUGCGCCUGCCGUCCCAGGUGUCGGUUGCCGGAGCCCAGCGAGCUAGCGAUGCUACGGCAGCCGCUUCCUGAUUGGCUGCGUGUGGCUCCCUCUUCGUUCUGAUUGGUCGGGAGUGAUCUGGAGGAUGCUGAGCAAAGGUCUGAAGCGCAAGCGGGAGGAGGAAGAGACAAUGGAGUCCCUCUCAGUGGACUCGUGGUGGUUGGAUCAAAGCCGCCCAGCAGUGGCACAGACCCCGCCGACAGUGGCUUCUAGCUCUCUCUUUGACCUCUCGGUGGUCAAGCUCCACCACAGCCUGCGGCAGAGCGAACCAGACCUCCGACACCUGGUGCUUGUGGUGAACACACUGAGACGAAUUCAGGCGUCCAUGGAGCCGACGACCGUCCUGCCACCUGAGCCCAUUCAGCCCACAGCCCCCUCUGUGGCAGAUAACUUUCUGUCUAGCUCAGACGCCGGCCUCUCAGCCUCCAUGGCCAGCCUCCUGGAAGAUCUCAGUCAUAUUGAGGACCUGAACCAGGUCCCCCAACCCCAAGCAGACGAGGGGCCUCCAGGCCGCUCUGUCGGGGGUGUCCUGCCCAACCUGGGUGCCUUGGACUUGCUAGGCCCAGCCACGGGCUGUCUGUUGGACGAUGGACUGGAGGGUUUGUUUGAGGACAUUGAUACCUCCAUGUAUGACAGUGAACUUUGGUUACCAGCCUCUGAGGGUCUCAAACCUAGCCCUGAGAAUGGCCCAGCCAAGGAGGAAACUCCAGAGUUGGAUGAGGCUGAGCUGGACUACCUCAUGGAUGUACUAGUAGGCACACAGGCACUGGAACGGCCACCAGGACCUGGGCGCUGACCCUUAGACCCAGUGAUGAUUGACUUGGAUCUGAGUUGAGCCUGGUGGUUACACCAAUCCACUUUGACGUGACAGAGAUGGCUUCCCCUCACAGAGGAGAGCCAGGGUCACUUUGGAGAGACAGUGCUGAGUCCUGGAAACUUCACAUCCAUCCACCUGUCUUGGCCAGUGAGGGAGUUAGAAAUAAGCUCCCAGUGGUGAAAUGACGGGACCCAGAGACAGCAAUGGUGUUUGGGCUAGGCUGGGGGUUGGACUGGGAUAAUAGUCUGGGCUAUCCCAUCCUAUUAUCCCCAGUGUGGGAAGAGACCUCAUAGUUUUUGGAAAUUAAAACCAGCUUUGGGAAAUACCAA